AUGUCUGGCAAGGAGAUGGAAUACACACGCCUUGGCAAAUCGGGCCUGAAGAUCUCCAAGAUCGUCCUGGGCACCAUGGGCUUUGGUAGCAAGCAAUGGCAGGACUGGGUCCUGGACGAGGAGGAGUCUUUGAACGUCAUUGAGCACGCUUAUAAGCGGGGCAUCAACACCUGGGAUACGGCCGAUGUCUACUCCCACGGUCGCUCUGAGGAAGUUGUUGGCAAGGCCCUGAAGAAGUUCAAUAUUCCCCGUAACCGCGUGGUUAUCAUGACCAAGUGCUUCUACGGUGUCGAUGACCAGGGCCAGUUCCCACCCAUCUGGCAAUCUGCUCGUAAUGAGGGUGACUUCAUUAACCGUGUCGGUCUAUCUCGCAAGCACAUCUUCGAUGCCGUUGACGCUAGUGUCCAGCGUCUCGGCACCUACAUCGACGUGCUCCAGAUUCACCGUCUGGACCGCGACACUCCCCGUGAGGAGAUUAUGAAGGCUCUCAACGAUGUGAUCGAGAGCGGCAAGGUUCGCUAUAUUGGUGCUAGCUCGAUGGCUGCUUGGGAAUUUCAGACUUUGCAGAACAUCGCCGCCCGUAACGGCUGGCACCAGUUCAUCAGCAUGCAGAACUACCACAACCUGAUUGCUCGCGAAGAGGAGCGCGAGAUGAUCCCCUACUGUCUAGACAGUGGUGUCGGGCUCAUCCCCUGGUCUCCUAUGGCCCGUGGCGUGCUCACGCGGCCGUGGGGCUCACGGUCUACCGUGCGUGAGAACACUGACGGAGCUCUCAAAGUCCUGAUUCGUAACCGCGAGACGGAGGCGGAUAAGGCCAUUGUGGACCGCGUGGAGGAACUGGCGGGCAAGAAAGGGGUCAGCAUGGCACAGAUCGCUCUGGCCUGGUCCCUGACUCAUAAGAAUGAAUGCCCCAUCGUGGGUCUGCACAGCAUUGCUCGUGUUGACGAGGCUGUAGCUAGUCUGAAGAUUCAGUUGAGUCCUGAGGAAAUUCAGUAUCUGGAGGAGCCGUACGUGCCUAAGACGAUCGCUGCGCUGGAGCGGUGA